UCUCACAAUGGCAGCGCCCACAAAAGUACUGUAUUGAUACAAUUUGAUUGUAUUGAUACAUUUAGGCUCCCGUUCUUGAGUAAUUUUGACUACCUCGUCGUGAUAAUCUUGAUAUGGGUCUAGAGUGAUUAUGGCGACACUUGAAGAGCAAAUUGGCCAUGUCGUUAAAGAAAUAUUGAACUUGAAAAGUCUCAGUGAUGUGUUCGUGGGCUACGUUGUUCCAAGCCAAGAGAAUGAACUGUAUAUGCAGAAGCAAGCGGUGCAGCAGCUGCGACAGAUCCUCUUCACACAGACAGGCCCGGAAAAUGUGGAGCUUGCAGUACGAAUUCUGGUAACAUAUGCCGUAACACAGGUGAACCCACAGCGGAGUCAGGUGCUCCUUGGAGUCUUGGAGGGCCUGGUGGAGCAUAAUGUAGUCUAUGCCAAGUUGGUCUGUGAGACAAUACUGAUGAGUGACAAGCUGCAAUACCAAUCAAGUGCCCUCUGGUGUCAAUGUUUUCAACUUGUGCGACGUAUCAUAGGAGGGGUAGACUACAAGGGUGUGCGGGACAUGCUGAAGCUGCUGUUUAGUCGCCUACAAAAUGUUCCGGCUGUUGUCAAUGUCGCCGUACUCACUCAGAUAGAUGCAGUUGAAAAUGUGCUGGCAUACGUGUUUGAUAGGAAUGCUUGCCUGCUUCCUGCUUACUUUGUUGUCACGGAGAUCAUGAAACUCUUUCCAGAAGGAAAGAAGUGGCCACAUUGGAGGAUUGGAAAAUUGUUCUCUGACUUUGUGGACAGCUUCAAGCCGACUGCACAGAUGGUCACAAUGGCAGGCAGUGCACUUAACAAGCUGUUGCCUGUGGUUGGCUAUGCUGUUCAGGCUGGGAAUGUUUGGAAACUGGAUCCCACAUCGCUACGAUUCCCGAUUCGUGGAAGCCUGCCAUAUGACAAGGAAGUAUACGAACCGUUGCGGGCACUAGUGAGGUAUGUUCUGGAGCAGCAGUACUCACGGGACAUGAUCUGCAACAUGCUAGGGAUCAGUAAGCAGCAUCAGAUGAGGAGCAUCACUCUAGAGGAGCAGUUCACAGAGCUUAUCGUCACGGCGAUGGAAAGGUCCGAUUCUGAUGCGGAGUAUGUGAACACACUGUGGAAGACCCUCUCCAGCAACAUGGUCUUCUUCUUCCUCUUCCAGUUUAUCAGCUUCCCAGAUCUUGUUACUGCUCUUCAUGGCAAGCUUGCCAACAAGAACAUGACCAAAGGCCGUGAUCAGCUGAUGUGGCUCCUGCUACAAUAUAUCUCCAUUAGCAUUCAGAAACAGCCGUUGUCCGAGUUUCUGCCGGUGCUACGUCUGUAUGACUUGCUCUACCCGGAACGUGAUAUAUUACCUAUCCCCGAUGUCACGAAUGCACGGUGUGUCCAGCAGAUGGCAGCAGCAAGCAUAUGGAUGUUCCUGCUCAACAAGAAACCACAAGCGCCAGAAAAUGCCAGAUUGCCACGUGCGCUGCCAAACGCGCUCAAGAACCAGAUUGAGUUUCUCCAGCAGAGUUUGCGACAGAAGAACAUCUCAACGCUGGACUACCGCGUGGCACUGCUAUGUAAUGCAUAUGGGCAGCAGAGCGAGUUGUUCUCGGUGCCGAUGACAAUGCUUCUGGAGAGUACAUACAAGCAUCACCAGAACGCACAGAUGCCGGGGCAAAACUGCAUUGCCGAAGGACCCGCCCAGCCUCUACCCAUCACUCUACUUGACUCUCUGACCGUACACACUAAACUCAGUUUUAUCAAUGGAGUCGUUGUGCAUAUCAUACAACUGGCCUCAUCUAAGUCGCCCCUGGCUCUCUCGCCAGCACUUGUGGAAACGUACAGUCGCUUGCUUGUGUACACUGAGGUAGAGACAGCGGGCAUCAAAGUGUUCAUAGGUAAAUUGUUGCCUACAGUGUUCAAGCAUCAUGCGUAUGGCAUCAUAAACACCCUGUUAGAGAUGUUUGCUUACAGGCUGUACCAUGUCCCAGCUCACUUUCGCGUGCAGUUACUCAGUAACCUGCACUCUAUGGCUGCUAGGCCACAAGCAAACCAGGUGCAGUUCCACCUCAGUGUGGAGAAUACUGCACUAAGGUUGAUCACAGGCCUAGGCUCGGCUGAGGUACAGCCAGUCCUCUCGCGCUAUCUCAGCGAACCAAAGACUGUCAGUCUGUGUUCAGACAGUGAGGAGUUGAACAGAGCACUGGUGUUAACACUAGCUAGGUCCAUGCACAUCACAGGAACAGCUAACAUGUCUGGCAGCUGGUGCAUGGACAUACUGACUACGAUCAUGACGAACACUCCCCACAGCUGGUCAUCACACACACUGCACUGCUUCCCUGGAAUACUGAGCGACUUCUUCCAGAAAUAUAACGUGCCCAAGGAAAACAAGCAGCAGUUGAAAAGAACAGUCGAGCAUGAAUAUCAGAAAUGGAAAACGAUGAACAACGAGAAUGACAUCAUCAACCAUUUCUCUCACCAGAGUACUCCACCUAUAUUUCUGUGCAUCCUCUGGAAGGUGAUCUUGGAUGGAGAGAGGAUGACGCCAUUUGCUUACAAAGUACUGGAACGCAUCGGACCACGGCAGCUCGCUACUCACCUGCGUAUGUUCUGCGACUUCCUGGUACUAGAGUGCGCCACCUCUCAGAGUCAGCAGAUGAACAACAACAUUCAGGCACUGAGCGAUCUCAUCUGGAAGUACAACGUUGUAACUCUAGAUCGUCUCAUUCUGUGCUUAGCACUACGUAGCUUUGAGGGCAACGAGGCACCAGUCUGUUUCCUUGUCAUUAGGUUGUUACUGAUCAAACCGGCCGAGUUUAGAAACAGAGUCAAUGACUUUGUGAAAGAGAAUUCAGCGGACCAUUGCCUGCAGUCAAACUGGCACGAGAAGCAUCUUGCCUACCACUCGAAAUACCCAGAGCGUUUUUGGCUGGGAGAGCUAGCGCCAUCGCAGACACAGAGUCUGCCUGUCUACUACAGUAAUGUCUGCCUAAGGUUCCUGCCGGUGUUGGACCUGGUCGUACAUCGCUUUCUGGAACUGCCGCCAGUGCAGUCGAAAUCCCUCGAAGCCAUCCUCGACUGUCUUGGCGGUCUAUAUAAGUUUCACGAUCGGCCCGUGACAUACUUGUACAACACACUCCACUACUAUGAGAAAGAGUUAAGGGACCGACCAGCACUGAAAAAGAAACUGCUGUCGACGGUUUAUGGUGCCUUGAUGGACUACGAGCAACCAGAUAGAGGCUACGUUACGGACCCUUACAUUCAGUACAUGCAGCGCCCCUUGGAAGAGAUUGAGUGGACGCCUGACCUUGAUUACUAUUGCCACUUGGUGGAAAGACUUGUAAAUACUAUGUCCAGUAAACCCGCGAUGCCAGGUGGGGACACUAGGCAGCAGCAGAGCAGUGAGGGCAAGCCGGGAGGAUUGGCGCCCGAGGCGCGGCAAAAGCCCGCGAUUGCUACGUCUGUAGACUGGCGCUUCAAUGAGUUUCCGAACGUGGCGGCGCACGUGCUGCACUGCACCUGCGUCGAGCUGAUGGGUCUGCCGGUGAGCAGCGAGAUCGUCGGAAACGCGCUACUGGACGUCGUGCUGCGCAGCAACCCAACAGUUCGUAAGGAGAGCAUUGGGCACAACAUCGAGAGCUGGAUGAACGCCAUCGCUCUCAUCCUCACCUCGCUGCCGGACAGUUUUCGUCUGACAUUGCAUACGCGGUUGAUCGAGUACAUCCAACGGCUGCCACAAGAUGGCGACGUCGUCAGCCUCGACGUGUUUCGCUACUCGACCAUGUAUCUGACCGCCGGUCAGGUGUACGGUGCCUACCUGCUCGGACAAGCACAGAUGGUCUGGCACCACUGCAGCAUCGGACAGCUGAGCAUCAUACCACAAUUGAUUAAGGACCAGAUGAUGGCAGCCGUGCAGUCGGAGGCUCAGUUCCUGUACGUGUGCCACCUGGUCGGUCCAUUCCUGCAGCGUUUUGGUGAGGAGAGGACUCGCUGCCUCCUUGAUCUGUCUGUUAGUCUGUAUGAGAUGCUAGAAAAGAUAGACAAGCUGAACGAGCAUCUAUACCACAUGGAUCCCAUCUGUGACCUUCUCUACCACAUCAAGUACAUGUUUAUCGGCUACGGAGCUAAGCCGGAGACAGAGAAGGUGAUCAAGCGUCUGCGACCGGCGCUGCAGAUGCGGCUGCGCUUCAUUGCGCCCACGGGUGCCGAGAGCGAUGGUGUGCAAGUGAAGGUGGAACCAGUGUAAGCAGUCACGCCAAGAUGGCUUCCCAUGUCACGUGAUCGUUUGUCGUCGAGAGGCAAACCGAAAAUACCUGGUUGGGGGCAGAACUGCCAUUUGAGCCUUGCGUGGUUUCUUACUUUACUUAAUAUGUAAAACUGAUGCCAAGGAAGCAUGCAGUUGCAGCAAAAGUCUAAUGAGCUCUGCAAUGCUCGUAUUGGGGUUGAAUUGCAUAUGGAACGUAUUGGAAAACGUUCAGUGGAGGUUCGAAUAUCUUUUGUGUACGUGGUCUAAUGUAUUAUGUACCCAAUUUCUUCGAUUUCUCAAACAAAAACUUCUUGGUUAUUAUAUUGAAUAAAAUUUACACCUGAUUCGUGACGUGAACGGCUGGCAAACUGAUAACCUCAGACGUUUAAGGUGGGUGCGACCCUAAGAUAUCAAAUUGAUCAAGAUGCGUUCUCCUCCUGUUCUUUAGUCAAUGUUAAUUUAUAGCAUAGUAGUUGUUGUAUCAUCUGUAGAAGCAGCAGUAUCUAUAGUUAUAGCUGUUUUCGUGAUCGUAAGAGUAUAGGUAAGCACAAUAACGCUGUCGAACUCGUUGUACAUAGUAAUUUGAAUGAAUAGGUCUCGCUAUGACUUCAAUCAGCAAUGAUAUGAAUCAAUGUAUGUAUAAUAAUAAUUUUGAAUCAUGGUAUUAAAUGUGACAAAUAUUCUUUCAUACAAUUGGCUUUGAAUAUAUUUUUAUGUACAAUAAACAUCCUCAUCC